UUUUUUUUUUUUUUUUUCCCUCCAUGGGUACACACACCGAGAUACGCACAUGACAGUUACUUCGGUGCAAGAGCCGGUGCAUCGCCAGGAGGGCUGUGCUUCCACUCCGGGCACACACACACACACACACACAUACACACACACACAUGCUGCUGAUGCUGCUGCUGCUGGAAGUCUUUCUACACGGGGAUUAGCAGCCGCCUCUCGUUCUCAGUCUGUCUCUCCUCCUUUCCUUUCCCUUCCUUUCUCCCUCAAAUGCUUGACUGACGGACACCGGGCAUAAAAAGCCUAAAGCAUCACGAGGGUCAUAUUGUUCAGGAUUGCAAAGAGCCAUCGUUUAUCUUUGUGGAUACAAGUAAACGGACAAUGAUGUCCCAACCAUCUGCUCAAGCUGCUUGAAAACAGUCUUCUGUGCAAAUGGCAUGAAAGCAGGGAAAAAGAGCAUUAAUCCCAACUGGCAGUCCAAAAAUAACCAGAUUGGAGGGUGGAAGGAAAGAGGAGGAAAAGGCAAAAGAAAAAUGGAGAGAACAGUCAAGCAUCAAAUAUUGGAACUGACAUCUGAAUUAAAGAGUGUGCUAAAAAUCUCUUCCUUUUUCAACUAUUGAAACAAACUAAAAUGGAAAACUGACUAAAGGAGGCCUUUCUCUGAGAUCUGCGCAUUACAUAGCCAUACAUAUUAGAUGACUUUGGGACUCGCUUUACAUCAAUGAUGAAGGGAUUAUCUAGCAGCCGUAGUCAUCAUCAUGGAGUUGCCUGUGACCCUCCAUGUGAUAGUCUGCCACACCACCCGGACAGGAAGCCAUAUUUGCUAAACCCAGUGGAUCCCCAUCCUGCAGACCACCCUUACUACACUCAAAGGAACUCCUUUCAGGCAGAGUGCAUGGUGCCCUACAACGACCAAAUUGCCAGCAGCACGUUUCCCCGGAGGCAUUACAAUUCCCACCACGAACUCAAGGAUGAGUGUGCUCUGGUGCCCCACGGAACUGCCAACAAGACCAACCGCAUUCCUGCCAACCUUUUGGACCAGUUUGAGCGACAGCUGCCUCUCAAUCGGGAUGGAUACCACACUCUGCAGUACAAGCGAACUGCCAUGGAGCACCGCAGUGACAGCCCAGGGAGGAUCCGGCACCUGGUUCAUUCUGUCCAAAAGCUCUUUACCAAGUCCCAUUCACUGGAGGGACCAUCCAAGGGGAGCGUCAAUGGGGGCAAAGCGAGCCCGGAGGAGUCACAGACUAUGAGGUAUGGGAAGCGCAGCAAGAGUAAAGAAAGGCGAUCAGAAGGUAAGCCCAGAUCCAAUGCAUCAGGAUGGUGGAGUUCAGAUGACAACUUGGACAAUGACGUUUGCAUUUAUCACGGUCCCAGUGGGGUCAUGACCAUGGGAAGAUGCCCUGAUCGUUCUUCUUCCCAGUACUUUAUGGAAGCCUAUAAUACUAUUAGCGAACAUACUGUGAAGUCAUCCAGAAGCAAUAAUGAUGUCAAAUGCUCUACCUGUGCAAACCUGCCUGUGAAUCUGGACUCCCAGUUAAUGAAGAAAAGCUCUUGGUCCUCUACAUUAACUGUGAGCAGAGCCCGUGAAGUUUACCAGAAAGCGUCAGUUAACAUGGACCAGACAGUGGUGAAGGCAGAGACGUGUCAGCAGGAACGGUCAUGUCAGUACCUCCAGGUUCCUCAAGAUGAGUGGACUGGGUACACACCACGAGGGAAAGAUGAUGAGAUUCCCUGCCGACGAAUGCGUAGUGGCAGUUACAUCAAAGCCAUGGGGGAUGAUGACAGUGGAGACUCAGACACAAGUCCGAAGCCAUCUCCAAAGAUUGCUGCAAGGAGAGAGAGCUAUCUCAAGGCCACCCAGCCAUCCCUUACUGAGCUCACCACACUCAAGAUAUCCAGUGAACACUCGCCAAAGCUUCAGAUCCGGAGCCACAGUUACCUGAGGGCAGUGAGUGAAGUCUCCAUCAACAGAAGCCUGGACAGCCUGGACCCCGCAGGGUUGCUGACGUCCCCCAAGUUCCGCUCCCGCAAUGAGAGCUACAUGAGAGCCAUGAGCACCAUCAGUCAGGUGAGUGAGAUGGAAGUGAACGGUCAGUUCGAAUCCGUCUGUGAGUCGGUGUUCAGUGAACUGGAGUCUCAGGCCGUGGAGGCGCUGGAUCUGCCCAUGCCAGGCUGCUUCCGCAUGAGGAGCCACAGCUAUGUCAGAGCCAUUGAGAAGGGCUGCUCCCAGGAUGAUGAGUGUAUAUCGCUGCGGUCCUCCUCUCCUCCACGUACAACCACCACGGUGAGGACCAUCCAGAGCAGUACUGUGUCAUCCUGCAUUACCACCUAUAAGAAGACACCACCUCCAGUCCCACCAAGAACUACCACCAAACCGUUUAUUUCCAUCACGGCUCAGAGCAGCACAGAGUCUGCCCAAGAUGCGUAUAUGGACGGGCAUGGACAGAGGGGAGAUAUCAUCAGUCAGUCUGGGCUUAGCAACUCCACGGAGAGCUUGGACAGCAUGAAGGCGCUAACAGCCGCUAUCGAAGCUGCCAAUGCGCAGAUCCACGGCCCUGCAAGUCAACAUGUAGGGAACAACACUGCCACUGUCACCACCACCACAACCAUCGCCACCGUUGCAGUAGAAGACAGAAAGAAGGACCACUUCAAGAAAAACAGAUGCUUAUCUAUUGGAAUACAGGUUGAUGGUGCUGAAGAAUCCACCAAAUCAGGUGAAAAUAAAGCAACCAGUAAGUUCCAGUCCAUAGGAGUUCAAGUAGAGGAGGAAAAGUGCUUUCGCAGGUUUACACGCUCUAAUAGUGUAACAACAGCCGUGCAAGCAGACCUGGAUUUCCAUGAGAACUUUGAAAUAAUCGACCCUCAAGAGGACAAUACAUGUUCUGGACAAAUAUCAAGACAAUUUUCCCGAGAUGCAAGUACCUCUACCGUUAGCAUACAAGGGUCAGGAAACCAUUACCAUGCAUGUGCAGUGGAUGAUGACUUUGAUACAGAUUUUGAUCCGUCAAUUUUACCUCCUCCUGACCCCUGGAUUGACUCUAUCACUGAAGAUCCUCUGGAAGCUGUUCAAAGGUCAGUGUGCCCACGAGAUGGCCACUGGUUUCUGAAGCUACUUCAGGCAGAGAGAGAUCGAAUGGAGGGCUGGUGCCAACAGAUGGAGAGAGAAGAACGGGAAAACAACUUACCUGAGGACAUUCUAGGGAAAAUUCGAACUGCAGUGGGCAGUGCCCAGCUUCUCAUGGCCCAGAAAUUUUACCAGUUCAGAGAACUGUGCGAAGAAAACCUGAAUCCUAAUGCACAUCCACGGCCGACCUCCCAGGAUUUAGCAGGGUUUUGGGAUAUGCUGCAGUUGUCCAUAGAAAAUAUUAGUAUGAAAUUUGAUGAACUUCAUCAGUUAAAGGCCAAUAAUUGGAAACAGAUGGAUCCUCAUGACAAGAAGGAGAGAAGGGUCCCUCCUCCAGUGCCAAAGAAGCCAUCGAAAGGUCAGGUGCCACUCAUACGAGAACGCUCUCUGGAAAGCUCGCAGCGUCAAGAGGCCCGGAAACGGCUGAUGGCUGCCAAGCGCGCUGCAUCGGUCCGCCAGAACUCAGCUACCGAGAGCGCCGAAAGCAUUGAGAUAUACAUCCCCGAAGCCCAGACCAGGCUAUGAAGGGAUCCAACCAGGAGGACUCUCUGGCAAGACAAGCCUCAUGUAUAAUCUGCCCCUCUAGGCUCCUGCUCAAGGUCACCACAAAGUAUUUGUACCUCCUCCUCCUCCUCUCUCCCCGCCUCUUCCCCCUUCCCUCUCUCUGUACACAGCCACCCUGAUGUUCCCAGUGAACUCCACUGCCGUGGCGUAGUUGUCGGUCCUCCGAGAGAUGUCCUCUAACCACCCUUGCUUUCUGAAGGUUCGCCCAUGUCAUCACGAUGCUUUGUCACAUGUACUGAUGCUGCCACUUUGCCUCAUGUAAACGAGUACGAUCCUUUUUAUUUCUUUUUCUGUUCUAAACAAAUAAAACGCGGCGCUCAGACUUCCACACACCUGCGCACCUGUACAGUAGAUGCUCCGUUUAACUUACUCAUCUUUAGUUGACCUAAAGCUAGUCUGUUACCCAGUGUACAGCAAUAUCAAACUGUAGGGGACUUUGGAAAUUUCAGUCAUGCAGGGUGAUCCUUUUGGACUCUGCCGUCUUCCUCACAAAAGAUGAAAGGAGCUAUGACUCAGAUUCCCUUCUUUUUAUUACUGUUUUUUUUAAAGCAGAUGGCGCACUUUAUUCUAAACCUCUGAAUCACACAUUUUCACCUGAAUUUAAGGAGUCACACAAGGGGAGGGGGCGGGGGCGGGAGUUGCGGGGUGGGGGAGAAAUAACACAGCUCUGAGGGGUGAAAAAGUGGAAGCGUAUGCCACAGGUGAGAUGGCAAGGGAUAGAAAAGAUCCUGUGGAAAGAUACCUGCACACUCACAGCUGCACAAACUGCCUCAUUUUUAUUUCAUCAAUCACUACUUAAACAUUUCAAUCAGCAGAAGAUUGUAAAUUUGAUCUUCCAGGGAAAUAAUCUAUUUUGAAAGGCAAUAAAAGAGUGAAAAGGAAGGAGAUAAGAAGCACUGAAAGUUGAAGAGAUAAUAUAAAAGAAGGAUUUUCUUGUCCAAGUAUUAAGAAUUUUUAAAAUUGUACUGUAUUGUCAAUUCCUCUUGUAUUGUAUUGUAUGGAUUAUAUUGGUUAAAAAAAAAAAAGAAAAAAAAAGAAAAAAAGCUUGGUUUUGUUGAUGUCUUAAUCUCGGUGGGACCAUCUGAUCUCACACGUCCACGCAGCCACACAUGGACACCUGUAGGCGAAUUGCUGUACAUGGAGCCUCUUCUGCUUUUCAAGGCCAGGCUUGCUUUGCUCGAUCCACAGCCAGUUGUAUGCUACAGUUCAGACCGCUUAUCACCAAACGGGCCACAUCUAGGAGUAAGUUUCUAAUUCAGCCUCCUCUUAAUAGUAUGAAACACCCAUUUGAAGAAGAACAAUAAAGCAUUUUUCACAAGUUAUGGGAUCAAUAUUAACUUUUUUUUUUUUUUUCACGAUGAGCCUUCCAACUCUGGUUUCUGUCAUUGUUUUGCAGUCACAAAAAAUAUGCAUCCCAACUAGCUCAUUAAUACCCGGGGGCGGAAUGUCAGGCAGCAGGGCUGGAGAGGAGUGUGAGAGGUCAGCCCCUGCCUGUCUUUCAACCCCCAGCUGAGGCAGGAGCUUGUCCCCAAACCUCCGUGACAGGGAACGACACUGACCACGCCGCCGCGGACACCCUUUGUGCCAACGUUAGGAAAGCUACAUCAAGGCAUGUUGCCGAGAGCUGGUUGCGAGCCUGUGCGUGUUGCGUGCGCCCGGGCGUCCUGCACUGCCGUGCGCUGCUGGAAGCAGAAUUCUCAUCGGCUGGUUGGGAUGCUGGGGUUGGUGCGGGACAGGGGUAGCACUGCGUGGCCCCCCAGGGUCUGCCCAGCUCCAUGGCGAUGCUUUCCGGAUCCUUCCGCUGGUCCCCAAACGCUCUUCACCCCGGCUGUGUGGGUGUGCGAGGGGGAAGGCGGGCUGCUUUCUGCUCCCGCGGAGGGGCGCAGGGUCCAUCCAUUGCCACACGCCAGCAUGCGGACGGUCUGACCCGUGAAGCACCCCGCCGCACGGGUGGAGCAGUUCUGCAGCUUGUGCUUAAAAAGAAAGCAUUUAAAGUCGUCAUCAAAACGUUAAGCUCUUGCUAAAACUCUCCGUAGAGAUCAUGCCAGACAGCUUCUUUUCCUACGACAUCAUAGCCAGGUGCUAAUUUAAUUUUAUUCAAGAAAACAGGAGAGGUAAUAGGUUCUGGCACCAGGUAUUUUCAUGAGAGCAUACUAAAACCACUAGAGAAUUUGCUACCUCUCAAAGCCAUUGAUAUCUGAGCUAUGUCUUUAUAAACAGGGCACAAAUAUUUACUGCUGUGGUUUACAAGAUAAGGGCUAAUAAUUUAAUAUAUAAAAGACUUUUAACUAGAGUAAUCAGAAAUCCAGUGUAACCCUAGAGUGCUUUAUGUCACAGGAGCUUCGAAAGGUUUGACCCUCUAAGCGUUUGAAUACCAGUGUGUUUGCUAGUUUUGAAACACUGCGUUUAACUUUUAGCAGCAACGAAACAUCACCGUGUUUGCAGUAUUUAAUAGUGCCAACUGCCACUUUUGAGCAUAUAUAGUCAUAAGGAGUAUUAAUUAUUUGGAACUCAUUUGUACUGAAAUGUUCAAAGCAGUAGCCAGGUGAGAGUCCACAUUCACUACUGUGUUGCAGACUUAUUUAGUUUUGUGAACGUUUUAUGAAAGAUGAGUUAAGACUUUGGUUGACAAGUGGCUACAGAAAUUUAUAUCCAGCAAGUUCCCCCUUAAAACAGCAGAAAAGUGAGGAUUAUCUAGUCUUGUACAUCACAAAGUAUUGUAUUUGUAUAUCAUAGAAUAUUUUUCAUAUCUAUUUUAAAUUAAUAUAUUCCUAGCUGAAUGCCUGCUAGUUCAUUUGGCACUGGAGAGGGUAUUAUAACAUUUCGUUAGUUUUUUAGCAACAUUUAAAAAAAACCCAGCAAAGACUGGGAAAUAUAAAAUAGAAUAUUUCUGCCCCUAGAAUGCCACUAGUUAACCACUUGACUCAUUUACUGACACUAAUGCUAGUAUAUUUGCUCUAUCAUCUGUUUCAGCAUAAUUUGCCACUCUUUGGUUUUAGUCUAACCUGCCCAGUGUAUAUUAAACAUGCCUAUAUUCUGUUUCACUUUGGUACUAAAGUAUUGCUUCUUUUUUUCCUUGGGAGAAAUUUUAGAAAAGGUUGGUUUUGUCUCCUGCUUUAAAGUUUAAAAAAAAAAAAAAUAUUUAUUAUAUUUUUUGCAGAUGUUUCCGUAAAAUUAUCAUAACCUUUUUGUAAAGAAAGAUGAAGAAAUGGAUUAAAGAUUUUUAAUACUUGAAAAGGUAAAUAGAAAUAAUUUAUUUGUAAUAUAUUUCAGUUUAUUUAUUUGUGUUCCCUUAAUGCUUUGAUGUGCACUAUAACUUUAAUUUAACCUAUAUCUUUGUGGACUUAUUGUCUUUUUGGUUUGGGGUGUUUUUUUUAAGGAAAAUGAGCAAAUGCAUAUUUUAAGUAAGUGGAAUGUAAAUCACUGGCCUACCUGCAUUCCCAAAUGUGAUUUUAAACAUAUUUUGAUUUGAAACAAAAGACACAAAUUUGAAAGCCUUUAGACAGAGGAGAGUGUUUUUAUGGCUUAACGAUUCGAGUUUCCUUAGGAUUAUCUAUCUAGUUUGUGUGUGGACAGGAAAAUGUAAAUAGAUUAAUGUUUCCCAUAAUGUAAAAAAGAGCAAAUUAAUAAAAUAAUUAAUGCACUGCUUGUAAGA